AUGACAAUCUUAUCCUAUGUUGUCAGCGAAAAUACCAAAGAAUUUCGGCUGAAGAUUUGGAGAGAAAGGAUUAUCCUAAAGUUUCAUUCAUCGAAAAAGGUCUUUCUUGUUCCACCAAUCAAUGACGGCUAUUGGCAUCACGUGGGAGUAUCGUGGUCUCUUGGAAAAUACGCUAUUUUUCUUGACGGUACAUUGGUUUACAGUGGAAAUGAUCUCGGCUCGAGUUUACCGUUGAAAGCUGGAGGUGUCUUCGUCGUAGGACUGAAACUAAAAAGCACAAAUGGGACUCCCAAGCAUUCAUUCUCUGGAAAACUGAGUCAACUAAAUGUAUGGAGUGAGUUUUUAUCUACUGCUGCUGAUGUCGAAAAGAAAUUUACAAACCAAAGUUGCUUAAAUAUUGAAUUUGGAGAUGUCAUAAACUGGAGUUCUCUUAAGGACAGAUAUGGUGAUAUGGUCGUCAAGGAACAGCCAAGUUCGUGUAAGCCACUUCGAAAAAGUAAGUGCUGA